ACGUGGAAAAAUCUUUUUGUUUGCUGUUUUGAACGUCAACGUGAGGGGGGCGUGGCUACGCUUGCUGACGCGUUGACGUCGCCCGGAAGCGCUCCUGCCCAGCUGCGCCCUGUCCUGUCAGGGCUGAUGUUCGAACCGCCGACCAGCUGACGAUGCCUGUAGAGAGUCUACCUGUCCGGGAUGCGUCCGUUCACUUCCGUCUGCUGCAGCAGUAUCUGUUCCUGCUGAAGAAAUACCCCAUCAUCACCAAAUCUGUGACGAGUGGCAUCCUCUCAGCUUUAGGAAAUCUUCUGUCUCAGAUUUUGGAGGCGAGAAAAAAGGCCAAAAAUGGAGCUCCGGUCAGUCCCAUCGACACAGCUGGAGCUACACGCUACGCUAUUUAUGGGUUGCUCAUUACAGGACCGGUGAGUCAUUACUUUUACCAGCUGAUGGAGGUGUGGAUGCCCACCACAGACCCGUACUGUAUAGUCAAACGCCUGCUACUGGAUCGGCUUUUCUUCGCCCCCGGAUUUCUGCUCAUUUUCUACUUUGUUAUGAACAUCCUGGAGGCUAAAGGAUGGAGCGACUUUGAAAGGAAGAUGAAAGCGAGUUACUGGACUGCCUUAAAGAUGAACUGGAAAGUCUGGACUCCCUUCCAGUUCAUCAAUAUCAACUUCGUGCCUGUUCAAUUCCGAGUGCUGUUUGCCAACAUGGUCGCCUUGUUUUGGUACGCCUACCUUGCAUCUGUGAGGAAGUGAGGCGUCCUUCAUCCAGAGGAAAACGGUUUCUUCACUGUGCGACUGAAUACGAGUUACUUAUCCGGACAGUAAUUGUCACAUACAGGUGCUUUCUACGGAUUAUCUGCUAACAAACCACUGAGUUUUAAGCCAUUCUAACCUGCUGCUGUACUUCAACUGUGUUUGUAACAACAGAACAUAAUACAUGUGGUUUACUAUGAAUUGUUUGUUUUUUUACAGAGCACUGCCAAGAUGUUAUAGUAAACCUGGAGUUAUGUAAUGAGUCUCUGUUAUAUAUCAGAAUAAUGUCAGGUUUAAAUUUCUAAUGCCAAAGUGCCUUUUUGUUCGUGACGUUUGUGGUCUGAACAGAAAGCAGCUCCAACUCUCAGCUGAGGAAAUAUUCAACACAGGAAGUAUGAAGACACAUGAAAAAUGAACAUCCGGGGCUUUAUUUUUAUUUUUUAAAAACAGUUGCCAAUUGACAUAGUUGACACAGGUCUAAUGAGAUGACAUGCUGCAUUGUGGAAUGACUGAAUCAGGACACACACAUCAAGGAAUGCUUGAAUUUCUAAUUACAUAAUCAAAAAUAAUUAAACCCCGGAUUCACAAAAAAUGUCAAUGUGUGUGUGAUGAAGACAUAAAUAAAAAUAAAUUAAAAAACGCA